AAUCAGCUUCAGGUGCUGUAUGUGCUCCAACACUUCACCAAGCAGAGGGAAGGAAUUGGAGGGAAAAAAUAAGGCUGAAGCAUGAGCAAGGUGGAAUUCACCACUGUUGCAGGAUUUGCCAUAUUAUUGCUGUUCCACAUGACCCAGACUGAAGUCUGUCCUCCUUCCUGCAGUUGUAAGUCACUGGGAGAAAUGAAGGGUUUGCAGAUAGACUGCAGUUCAAGGAAGCUGAAGGAAGUGCCUGCCUUGCCUGUUAACACCAAGAAGCUUUAUCUACAGAAUAACAGCCUGACCACAGUUCUUCCUGGGGCCUUGGACAGCCUACUCAGCCUGGAGGAGGUGAAAGUAUUUGACAAUCCUUGGAACUGUGACUGUCACAUUCUUUAUUUAAAAUUCUGGUUAGAAGAUAUCUCUGAAUCCUCUCUUGCAAACGUCAGAUGUGCGACCCCAGCUCCCAUUUGGAUGAAGCCCUUAAAGCAGCUGACUGGGAACGAACUGGGCAUCUGCAAGAGGUUUCUCCCAAUCAAAAGUCUUGAGUUCUUUUGGCGAGACCUCAUUUUAAUUGUUAUAGGAGUAAUUACACUUAUUUUAGUAGCAUGGGUUCUGAAAUUCUCAAAAAAGUUGGUCUACCAAAUAAAUAUAAGUCAAUAUGAUUUCAGUGGCCCACUGUUGCAGAAGCAUAGCUUCAAAAACCGUAAGUUACAGUGAGCUGUUCUCUACCAUUAGCUUCACCAGAAACAUCAACUUACCCUACCACAAAAUAGUACUUGCACUGGCAAUACUGGUUUUAAUGGUAACAUGAUACAAACAGAUCUCCAGCCACAAUGUCUGAGUCCCUAGAUAGGCAAGUUUGAUUUUAUUUCAUUUCCAAAAUCAACCUGGUGAUGUAUUCACUGGCAAAUUUCAAUUUGCCACUACCUAGUCAUCUGGUAAAUAGUUCCUAAAUAUUUUUAAAUCACUUAAUUUAGCAUUUUUCCUUUGAAUUCUUAUCUCUUUUAGCAAGAAGAUUUACAUGCCAAGCAAUUACCUCUUUUCAAUAUACGGAUAUGAAUACUGAUUGUACUAUUUUAGCAAUUCAUUUCUCAUUCUGAACCUGUGCAAGCUUGUAACUGGGUAUUCCCACACAGUGUCCAAUCGCCUCAGUAGACCCACUCUUUCGUGCAAACUCAACUAUCUCUUCAUGAUGGAGUUCAAUGCCUGAACUUCAGGUUCCAGAGUUCCCUCGCAGCAGAACCACUAUGAUUAUACAAGCUAGCCACUGAAUGUAUCCCUUAAUGAAUAUGUUUACAGACUGACUGGUAAUGAGAAUAU